GCAAGGAACGAUCGUCUGACAAGCGAGGCGAUUGAUCGGUGGCUUCCAUCGGUUAACCGACGCCCAUCGGCGUAAAACAACACGCAUACGACGAGCUCCGGCGGCUGGCGCCGCCGAUUCCCUUUAAUGUGGCGAUCGAUCGGUGCCUUCCUCCGCCUCUUCGUUGCCGUCUUGCCGACGGAUCUGACGAAGAAACGUGGCGCACCGGUAGCCGUAGGCACGCAGACUGGCGUGCCGCGACCAUGCAGCCACCGCUGGAGCUCUCGCCGCCGGCACCCGCCCCUAGAGAAGUGGUCGUUGCAGAGUGGCCAUCUAAGAAAAUCUGCCACUGCUUGGUCUCUACCUCAGCCUCAUCUGAACAACGUGUUUGGGCAGACCUACCGGACAGCCUGCUUCACCUAAUCAUUGCUCUCUUAAGCUCAUUCCAUGACCUCCUUGCUUUUACUGGCACUUGUCACUCUUGGCGUGCUGCGGUCUUUUCCUUCCCAUUAUCCAUAUAUGCCUUCGUCUUUCCACCUCUCCAUCUCAAAGCAGCUUGGCGUAAGGCUAAUCGGGAUUGCGGCACAUGGUAUUAUCUUUUAUCGAACUACAAAUGGCGUCUUUGUGAUCCUGUGAGGACAGACUUAUCUCUUCGCCGCUCAGCUCCCCGUAAUGCUCCAAAUUACAUGCGCUAUUUGGGCUGCUCAUAUGGGCAUCUUAUUUUCUCCUGUUUGGAGCACCUUCUCCUUGUCGAUGUUUACACAGGUACUAAGGUGAAGCUGCCCAAACUCCAAGCCAACAGCGGUUGUGCGAUCUAUUGUGGCAUUCUUAUGGCUCCACUCAGUUCAUCCAGCUCGUGUCUCCUCCUUUUCUCAAAAUCAUCCAUGUUCCAGUGGCGGGUUGGAACAAAUUCCUGGACAGAGUACCCUUUUGUUUCUGAACAAUUAUUUCUUCAGAUUGUUUUGUUCAAAGGUCAGAUGUUUGCCAUGGGCUUGACCCACACGCUCAAAACCAUAUCCUUGGCACCUCAGCCCAGUGUGCAGGAAGUCGAUGUUGUGUGGGGAGAGGACCUCGUUGUUGGCUUGAAUUAUGAUCCAUGGUUGGUGGUCUGUGGUGACAUGCUUCUCAUGGUUGAUCUUGUUGAUGACUUGAUAAGCAAUGGCACCUUUCAAGUCUUGCACUUUGAUUCUUCAGCCGAACCAGCUAAGUGGACAAAGAUGGAGAAGUUGGAAAACUGGGCUCUCUUUGUUAGCCUUGAUAGGAGGAGCCCAACAUUUUCUUGCAUGAACCCUGAAAGAUGGGGUGGAAAGAGUAACUGCAUUUACGUUCCGAGUGCAUCCAAAGACUCUGAUGAACCCUGGAUUGCUGUAGAGCUUGGUCAGGCAGUUUACAGCACAACUCGCUCCGAUUCAUACAUUCUAGGAGGCAGAAGCGAUCAGCUUGAGAGCCUCUGGGUGCUCCCCAGCUUGGUCUAUGGUGUUGGCCAGUGAAGCAUCAUGUUUGCUUGUCGCAUGUUUUUUUACUCUUGCAUAUGCCCAUUCGACUGCUGCUUUUACAAGUAUAUUAUGUUGAGCUCCAGCCAGUGAUGUAGUGAACAAGAAAGUAUUUUAUGGACGAUUAUUCAUGCAUGUGUGUUCCUUGA